CUGUGAUAUGGUGCGGUGUCCUCGUAUCAUUGUAUUUCACUAGGAAUCAAGAUAAUAUAUCAGAUUAAAAAAAAAAAACAUAAAUGUAAACUAGACGGCAUUUUAAAUGAUAAAGCUUUAAUUAAUUAAUUAAUUUUGUUUCACUUAUCUGAAUGUUUCACAAUGCGUUACUUGUGUUCUGUGUUUAAAAAGUUUUCGUCUUUUAACGCUUUAUUUAUAUUAUUAUCGACAUGUAUAUUUUUAAUAGUGGCUUAUAAAUCGGAACUCAAAUUCAUUUCUAUGUACACCAGUGAUGUUGACUAUGUGCGGUUUGUAAGUAGCUAUGGAGACGGCGAAUACGAUUACCAUAAACGAAUAGUCGAUUCUUAUUAUGACAAAAGAAAGAAAUGGCAAACAUCGAAUUUAGGAUCCAUUUUGUUUCAAAACUUCACACGUGAAUCGCACACUGAAACAAAAGAAAAGCGAACAUUCGUAGUUUUGAUAUGGAAAUAUUGGAAAUGGCUGGUAAAUCGUCAUGUAAAUAACUUUAGUAGUAAACGAUUAAAUGACCCCCUAAGCGACUGCAGUGUCAAGAACUGUAAAUUCACAGGAAACGAUGAAGAGAUAUCGACAGCUGAUGCUGUAGUAGUACAUAUACAAAGAGGCGUAUUCCCUGAUGUAAAAAAGAGGAAUCCAAAACAGAGGUGGAUAUUUUUGAGUGACGAGUCACCGGUCCACGCGUUUUCAAUGGCGAAAAGUAGACCGAAUCUGGCUGAUCUAGCCAAUAUUUUCAAUUGGUCUAUGACUUACAGAAGCGAUUCCGACGUGCCGGUACCAUACGGGCGCACGAUACCCUUACAAAAACCGAUAUUGAGUGGAAUAACAGAAGACUCUUUGUCUACACUGGUUCCGUAUUGGAAAAACAAACGCAAGGAUGUAUUGGCCACGAUUCUUAUAUCGAAUUGUGGCGUAUCUAAAAGAAUGGAUUACUUGCACCUGUUAGAGGAGCAUUUGGCAGUUGAUGUGUAUGGAAAAUGCUCUUUGGAUCACAAAGAAAGCUGUCCCGGACAUUUCAGAGCAGAUUGCAAGUUGGUGUCGCAAUAUUUAUUCUAUUUAGUGUUCGAGAAUUCACAAUGCGACGAAUAUUUGACGGAGAAAUCGUUCCAACACGCCUAUAGCAAAGGCGCUAUACCUGUGAUAAUGGGGCCUAAAGUUGAAGUCUGUCAAGAGUUGCUACCACCAGGUUCUUUCCUACAUGUAGACAGCUACGAUAGUGUGGAACAUUUAGCAAGCGAUAUGAUGAAAAUAAGCAAAGAUAGCAAACUUCUUCUUAGUUACCAUCGAUGGAGGAAUGACUUUGAUGUUGUCAAUGAGCAUGGAUACUUUGGAUCGAAGUCUUACCACUUGUGCAGGAUAUGUGAAGCUUUGAACUAUAAUGAUGAGGAAGAGAAGGUGUAUGACGAAAAUAGUCUGAGAUUAUUUUUUGACGAAGCGUUAUUAUGUCGAUAACCUUAAACUGCUUAGGGGUGGCGCAAUAUAUUAUUAUCCAUUAGUGGAUGCUCGAGACUCCGUCCGCUUGAAGGUCUGUUUUGAAUGAAUGAAUUGAAUGAAUUCCAUAUUAUAUAGUCAUACUUGUACGUAUGGGCAACAAUGUGGGGUCUUAUUAUAUUUAUAUUUAAUAAUACAUAUUUAUGAAUAUAAUAUGAAUAAAUAUUUACGAUUUU